GACUGGGGGGAAAAGGAGAGAAGAGUCAGAACAGUGUCAGUCAGACUGAGCAAGAGAGACACCAGGGAGCGACCGAUGGAGAAAAGCAGAGAGAGGCAGAGGCCAGGACUAAAGGAAUAAACAGGACUAAAGGAGUAAACAGGACUAAAGGAAUAAACAGGACUAAAUGAUAAAAGAAGAGACACAUUUUGGAGAACAGGACUAAGAGAAGCUCUAGCCCCAAAGCUAGCCCGUUAGAACAGCCUAACCCAGCUCCAACCUCCUGUUUGAGCCGGAGAACCGCCUAGGAGCCAAGAUGGAGGGUGGCAGCGAUCCGCCGAUGACGUCCUACAUUAUGGACGAGGAAACUCUAAAGAGGAAGCAGAAGGAGAAGCUGAAGAAGCUGCUGGCCACGGGGGGCAACCCUCGGCCAGCCCGCUCGCUCUUCUUCCUCACCCUGAAGAACCCUUUCCGGAAGGCCUGCAUCAAUAUCGUGGAGUGGAAACCGUUUGAGAUCAUCAUCCUUCUGGCCAUCUUUGCUAACUGUGUGGCUCUGGCCGUGUACCUGCCCAUGCCUGAGGAGGACAGCAACAACACCAACAGCAACCUGGAAAGCCUCGAGUACAUCUUCCUCCUCAUCUUCUCCAUAGAGUGCUUUCUGAAGAUCGUGUCUUAUGGCUUCCUGUUUCACGCAGACGCAUACUUACGAAAUUGUUGGAACAUAUUAGACUUUGUUUGUGUGUCUGUAGGGUUAUUCACAGUGGCCCUGGACACCAUCAACCACCUCAGUGGGGUGGAGGCCCAGGUGGGGGAGAAGGGCGGAGGCUUCGACAUGAAGGCUCUCCGUGCGUUCAGGGUGCUGCGGCCCCUGCGUCUCGUCUCAGGAGUCCCGAGCCUACAGGUGGUGAUGAACUCCAUCCUGAAGUCCCUGCUGCCUCUGUUCCACAUCGCCCUGCUGGUCUUCUUCAUGGUCACCAUCUACUCCAUCAUGGGGCUGGAGCUCUUUAAGUGCAAGAUGCACAAGACCUGUUACUACACAGGCACAAACAUCAUCGCCACGGUGGAGAACGAGAAGCCUUCUCCCUGCGCCCAAGCAGGGAACGGGCGUCGCUGCACCAUCAACGGGACAGACUGUCGGCUGGGCUGGCCUGGGCCCAACAACGGCAUCACACACUUUGACAACUUGGGCUUCUCCAUGCUCACGGUCUACCAGUGCAUCACUACGCAAGGCUGGACCGACGUCCUUUACUGGGUGAAUGAUGCUAUAGGUAUGGAGUGGCCGUGGAUUUUCUUCACCACUCUCAUCCUGGUCGGCUCCUUCUUUGUUCUCAACCUGGUUCUGGGCGUGCUCAGUGGUGAGUUCACCAAGGAGAGGGAGAAGGCCAAGUCCCGCGGAGAGUUCACAAAGCUGCGAGAGACCCAGCAGCUGGACGAGGACCUGAAGGGCUACAUGGAGUGGAUCACCCAGGCGGAGGUCAUGGACAAUGACCAGGAGGGACAAGGUCUGUUACCUCUGGAGGAUGGAGGAUCAGAAACAGGAAGUCUACGGGACAUGGACACCAUGCAACGCAUCCUGUAUUACUAUAAAAAAGCCCGGAAAUUGAACCGUUUCUGCCGGCGUAAGUGUCUGACCUGGGUGAAGUCUCGUUACUUCUACUGGUGGGUCAUUCUGCUGGUGUUCCUGAAUACACUGGCCAUCGCUACGGAGCACCACCAGCAGUCUGACAGACUCACCAACUGGCAAGACGCCGCCAACAAGGUCCUGCUGUCCAUGUUUGCCAUCGAGAUGGUGAUGAAGAUGUACGCCCUGGGGCUGCCCUCCUACUUCAUGUCCCUGUUCAACCGCUUCGACUGCUUCGUGGUGACCACCGGCGUGCUGGAGCUCAUCCUGGUGCACAUGGACAUCAUGUCCGUCAUGGGGAUCUCCGUGCUGCGAUGCAUCCGCCUGCUGCGCCUGCUCAAGGUCACCAAGUACUGGACGUCCCUCAGUAACCUGGUGGCCUCCCUCCUCAACUCGGUGCGCUCCAUCGCUUGCCUCCUGCUCCUCCUCUUCCUCUUCAUCGUCAUUUUCUCCCUGCUCGGCAUGCAGGUGUUCGGGGGCAAGUUUAACUUCCCCAACCGGCCCAAACCUCGAAGCACCUUUGACAGCUUCCCUCAAGCCCUCAUCAGUGUGUUCCAGAUCCUAACAGGUGAGGACUGGAACACUGUCAUGUAUGACGGCAUCAUGGCAUAUGGGGGUCCCAUCAUGCCUGGGAUCCUGGUUAGCAUCUACUUCAUCAUCCUCUUCGUCUGUGGAAACUACAUCCUGCUGAACGUCUUCCUGGCCAUCGCCGUGGACAACCUGGCGGAGGCCGAGAGUCUGACGUCGGCUCAGAAGGACAAGGCGGAGGAGAAGAAACGCAAGAAGCUGCUCAGGGCCAACAUGCCCGACAAGGCAGCCGAGGAGAAAGCUCUCCUGGCCAAGAAGCUGGCAGAACAGAGAGCCAAGAUUGAAGGCAUCCCCACUACAGCUAAGCUUAGAGUGGACGAGUUUGAGUCCAACGUCAACGAGGUAAAGGACCCUUUCCCACCAGCAGACUUCCCAGGUGACGAUGAGGAGGAGGACCCUGACAUCCCUGAGAGCCCGAGGCCUCGGCCAAUGGCAGACCUGCAGCUGAAGGAGGAGGCGGUGCCUAUGCCAGAGGCCAGCUCCUUCUUCAUCUUUGGUCCUCAGAACAAGAUCCGUAAGCUGUGCCACCGCAUCAUCAACGCCACCACCUUUACCAACAUCAUCCUCCUCUUCAUCCUCCUCUCCAGCAUCUCUCUUGCCGCUGAGGACCCUAUCGACCCCAUGUCCUUCAGGAACAAGGUGCUGGCAUAUGCAGACAUCGUUUUCACUUCCGUGUUCACGGCUGAAAUUGUGCUCAAGAUGACUGUGUAUGGAGCUAUCUUACACACUGGCUCCUUCUGCCGGAACUCCUUUAACAUCCUGGACCUGGUGGUUGUCAGCGUAUCCCUCCUCUCCAUGGGCAUGGAGUCCAGUGCCAUCUCCGUGGUGAAGAUCCUCAGGGUGUUGAGGGUGCUGAGGCCUCUCAGGGCCAUCAACAGAGCCAAGGGGCUCAAGCACGUGGUCCAGUGUGUGUUUGUGGCCAUCAAGACCAUCGGAAACAUUGUGCUGGUCACCAUGCUGCUGGACUUUAUGUUCGCCUGCAUCGGAGUCCAGCUCUUCAAGGGCACGUUCUACGCCUGCACAGACCCUGAUAAGAUGACUGAGGCAGAGUGCAAGGGCUUCUAUAUAAAGCACCAGGAGGGGGCUCUCCGUGAGAUGCAGGUCCAUAAAAGAGAGUGGAUCAACUCAGAGCUCAACUUUGACAACAUCUUCAGCGGCAUGCUGGCUCUGUUCACCGUCUCCACCUUUGAGGGCUGGCCCAAGCUGCUGUACAGAGCCAUUGAUUCCAACAUGGAGGACGUGGGCCCAGUGUUCAACAACCGCAUCGCCAUCUCCGUGUUCUUCAUCAUCUACCUCAUCCUCAUCGCCUUCUUCAUGAUGAACAUCUUCGUGGGCUUCGUCAUCGUCACCUUUCAGGAGCAGGGAGAGCAGGAGUACAAGGACUGUGAGCUGGACAAGAACCAGCGCCAGUGUGUCCAGUACGCCCUGAAAGCACGGCCCCUCCGCUGCUACAUCCCCAAGAACCCGUACCAGUACCAGGUGUGGUACAUCGUCACCUCCUGCUACUUCGAGUACCUCAUGUUCCUGCUCAUCAUGCUCAACACCAUGUGUCUGGGGAUGCAGCACUGUAACCAGUCAGAGCACGUGACCCACCUGUCGGACAUGUUGAACGUCAUCUUCACGGUUCUCUUCACCGUGGAGAUGCUCCUCAAGCUCAUGGCUUUCAAAGCUAAGGGUUAUUUUGGAGAUCCGUGGAACGUGUUUGACUUUGUUAUUGUCAUCGGCAGUGUGGUUGAUGUCAUAUUGAGUGAGAUAGAUAGACAUACUGUCCAGACUCCCCUGCCAGUCUUCGACAGCAGCAUUAGCUCUGAGGAUGCGGAGGUGAACCCCAUGCAGGCCAUUGCGGCAUCUGAAAAUAUGAGUGUGUCGAUCACAUUCUUCCGACUUUUCCGUGUCAUGCGUCUGGUGAAAUUGCUGAAUCGAUCUGAGGGAAUACGGAACCUCCUCUGGACCUUCAUCAAGUCUUUUCAGGCUCUACCCUAUGUCGCCCUUCUCAUUCUCAUGCUGUUCUUCAUCUAUGCUGUUGUUGGGAUGCAGAUCUUUGGUAAAAUAGCCUUGGUGGAUGGAACGUACAUCAACAGGAACAACAACUUUCAGACAUUCCCUCAAGCUGUGCUGGUACUCUUUAGGUGUGCUACAGGGGAGGCGUGGCAGGAAGUGAUGCUGGCCUGCUUGUACGGGAAGAAGUGUGACCCCAAGUCUGACUUCCUGCCCGGGGAGGAGUACACCUGUGGAGCUGGCUUUUCCAUAGUCUACUUUAUGAGCUUCUACAUGUUGUGUGCAUUCCUGAUCAUCAACCUUUUUGUGGCUGUCAUUAUGGACAAUUUUGACUACCUAACCCGUGAUUGGUCAAUCCUUGGCCCCCAUCACCUGGACGAGUUUAAGAAGAUCUGGGCCGAGUACGAUCCUGAGGCCACGGGGCGGAUCAAGCAUCUGGACGUGGUGACUCUGCUCCGUAGGAUACCUCCUCCGCUGGGCUUUGGCAAGUUCUGCCCUCACAGAGUGGCCUGCAAGAGGCUUGUGUCUAUGAACAUGCCCCUCAACAGCGAUGGUACCGUCACCUUCAACGCAACCCUGUUUUCUUUGGUCAGGACCGCACUGAAGAUCAAAACUGAAGGUAAUUUUGAACAAGCCAAUGAGGAGCUGAGAGCCAUCAUCAAGAAGAUUUGGAAGAGGACCAGUAUGAAGCUGCUAGACCAGGUCAUCCCACCAAUAGGGGAUGACGAGGUGACCGUGGGGAAGUUCUACGCCACGUUCCUUAUUCAAGAUUACUUCAGGAAGUUCAAGAAGAGACAGGAGGAGUACUAUGGCUACCGGCCCAAUAAGAAAAACACCACAGAAAUCCAGGCCGGUCUGCGGAGCAUAGAAGAGGAGGUGGCCCCGGAGCUACAGAGGGCCAUCUCAGGAGACCUGAUGAACGAUGAGGAGAUGGACAGAGCCAUGGAUGAGGCGGCAGAGGAAGGCAUCUUCAGGAGGGCAGGCGGUCUGUUUGGGAACCAUGUCGAUCCCUUCUCAGAACACGGAAACCAGAAUGCCCAGGUGACCAGCCAGCGCCCUCUGCAGUUUUCCGAUGGAGAGCCAGUGCCCAACAACAUCAACAACAACAACGCCAGGCAAAGCCGGCUCUACGAGGAAGACGGUCCCGUCCAGGUGUAUGUGAUCUCAGGAGCCAGCAGGUGCUCCUCUCUGUCUGAGCUCCAGCUCCAGAGCAGCCCCUCGCAGCAGCUGGUGGGCCCUGGGGCCCCGACGGCCCAGGGGCCGGGCCCACACAGCGCCGUGGACCAGGUGAUCCAGGAGGCGCUGAUACACAAAGGUCUGGCCGUCUUGGCUGACGACCCUAACUUCCUGUCCCUCACAAAGCAGGAAAUGGCCGAAGCCAUGAACUUUGACCCCAAGGACAUGGAGACCUCGGCCUCACAGCUUCUGAGUGGUCCCAGAGGAAAGGCCAAACGGAAGAGACGACCUAUCCCUCCUCUUCCCACAUCAGCACCGAGUCAGCUCAACCAAUCAGCUACACCCCACAACCCAGUGUAGACCAAUAGGCCACAGCUACUGACAGCUGCUGAAUC